GGCAAGAAGGCAGGCGAGAAGGAUCACUUCGCGUCGUGGGUCAUCGGGGGCGUCUUCAACACGGUGAGCUUCAUGUGGUUGCGCCGCUCUGGGGGGCUCUGCGCGCCGGCCGCCUUCUUGGGCUGGCGCGCCUGGCGCGUGCUCGGUUUGGGUUCCGCGCUCAAGUCGGCCCACGACACGAUCCUCUUCGCGGGCGAGGAGAUGUGGGAGAGUGGGGAGCUCGGGACGCUCGUCACCGCCGUCGGCUGCGUGCUGGCGGGUGCCUACGCGCUGCGCUGGGUGUUCGGGGGUGGCCGCAGGUUCUGGUCGGGCGACUCGGACUCAGAGAGCGAGGCCUCCGACGCGGAGUUUGUGACGGGGACGCAGGUGCCAGACUCGGACGACGAACCUGACGCGAGGCACCUCUACGCGGAGCUCGCGAUGGGGCAGUCCGCCCACCAG